AUGGGAAUAUUUAACGAACAAAAAGAUAACUCAUUUGCUAAAGGAAUUCAAGGAGCACCAGGAGUUGGAUUUAAUCUUACUUCUGAUGGUGAUUAUGAUAUGAUAAAUAAAAAAAUAAGAAAUGUUGGUUCACCAACUGCUAAUACUGAUGCUGCUACAAAGAAGUAUGUUGAUGAUAAUUCUAGCGGGGCACCCAAAACAUCAAGAUUAACAGUUGAUUCAAACAUUGAUAUGAAAGAUAGAUUUCGUAUUUUAAACCUUAAACAUCCAAAUGAUGCAGAUGAGCCAGCAACAAAACAAUAUGCAGACAGUAAUUUUCUUAACAGAGAUGGUUCACGAACAAUGAUUGGCAAUUUAAGUAUGAAUAAUAAUAAAAUAACUAAUGUUGGUAAACCAACAGCUAAUAAUGACGCAGCAAACAAAAAGUAUGUGGAUGAUAAACCCACCUCGACAACAAACCUAACAAUUGAUUCAAACAUUGAUAUGAGAAAUACAUACCGAAUUAAAAAUCUAAGCACACCACUGGAUGCAAAAGAACCUCCUACAAAAGAAUAUGUAGACAAUACAUUUCUUGAUAGAGAUGGAUCUUAUCCAAUGAAAGGUAAUCUUAACAUGGAUAAUCAUAGAAUUUUAAACCUACCAAUUCCAAUGGGUCCUAAACAACCAACACCAUUAGCCUUUACAGAUAUAAAGUAUCUACAUGUUGGUGGAACAAAUAAAAUGUUAAACUCACUUAACAUGAAUAAUAAACCUAUAAUUGGUCUAAGACCACCUUUUAACGAUACAGAUGCUGCAACCAAAAAGUAUGUUGAUGAUAAAGGAUUUACAACAGGUUAUUUUAAAAAAGAUGGAACGGAUUAUAUGAGAGGAAACUUAAAUAUGAACAAUAAAAAAAUUAUUAGAUUAAGUAAUCCAACCCAAGACAAUGAUGGUGUAAAUAAAAGUUAUGUUGAUAGUCUAAUUCAUCACACUGCAGUUCAACCAAGUCAUUACAACGAUCAAUUUACUUUUCUUAUGUCUAAUGCAGCACAAUGGACUGAUGAAAUAGAUACUGGAACUAGUUUUGUUAUAUCAAAAAUAGCAGACUUACCUCCUUCAAAAGGUAAUUUUCAUAGCUAUAACCACAAAGUAAUUUAUGUAAAAAUAAACAAAAAUUCUCAAGGUGGGUAUAAGUACAAAAUGUCAGUUAACUUUUACAGAUUAACCGCUAAUAUUGAUUACACACUAUGUUUGGAAAUACUAAACACUGACUAUCAACUUUGGCAUAAGUCUCAAAUAAGUGUAGACAAAGGAACUUCAUCAGGAUUAUCAAUUGAAAAUGUAAGUGUA